GUACCUUGAAAGCGCCAUUUUCAGCGUAUUGUCUAAAAGGCAAGAAGCACGAACAGUUAGCUGCUGCAGGUGUACGGAAGUGGUUGUGUUGUAGCCUGCUUUGCACUCGGUACAGCAUCGAGCAGUACUCUAGUCUACAUUAAUUGUAAUAGUUGCGUACUGUGAGAGGCAUUUCUAAAAUGGGCGUGGAAGUAGAAGUAAUUUCUCCCGGCGAUGGACAGACGUACCCCAAAACUGGCCAGACUGUGGUUGUUCACUACACAGGUACACUAGAAAAUGGUGUUAAAUUUGAUUCUUCGAGAGAUAGAGGUGUACCAUUCAAAUUUCGAUUAGGUAAAGGUGAAGUCAUUAAAGGUUGGGAUCAAGGUGUAGCACAGAUGUGUGUUGGUCAACGAGCCCGCCUUACAUGCUCUCCAGAUUAUGCGUACGGGUCACGUGGUCAUCCUGGAAUUAUUCCACCCAAUGCAACACUGAUAUUCGAUGUUGAGUUACUGAAGGUUGAACCUUGAAUAACAUCAAAUAACCAGUGAAUCAGCAAAUCAACCAACAAACCAAACUGUCAGCCAACUGACAAACCAACCAAAUUGUUAUUUCUAUGCUACAACAGUAUCAUUUCCAGUGUUAAAACUUUCUAUUUUAGUGAUACUGCAUCUGUGUGGAUGCGUGUGUGUAAUGUGUAGGAUCUACUUUAAAGAUUUUUGGACUGUCAUUUUAAACUAAUGCAUUUCAGUAAUAUAUAUAUAUGCCAAAAGCUGUCUUACAAGAAAACUUAUACUAGUGUCUUAUAUACUGUUUAUGUAGCAACUUAGUAGAAUGAAUCUUCGACUGUUCAGGUACUGAUUGUGACUCAUUUGUAAGUUUAUUAAUUUUCUCAGUGAGGAAGUUUAAAAAUACUAUCUUUUUAGUAUUAGUGAUUGAAAUAUCACUGUCUUCCAAAAUACCUCAGCUAUACUGUCAACCAUUUCAAGAUCUUUUUGCUAGUGCCAUUAUUGUUCUGUAAUAUUUUCAUAGUAACCAAAGUUGUGUAUGUUAAAAGGAUUUUGAUCAUUAUGUUGUUACCCCAUAUGAAAAAAUGUGUAAACAAAAUAUUAAUGAAUAAAUGUCAGUGGCAUUUGUCUUAA